AAUCCUCUUAACCAUGUAAUCUCUGCCACCAUCUGCUGUCAGUCAUCCGCCACAUCCAGCCGCCACCGUUAUGCCAUUUCCCAGCUAAUUUCUGUCAACCGGCACGAGUGAAGAUCAUGCUGCUGUCUCCUCAGGCAGAAAGGAACUGGGAGGGUCUGUGUUCAAUGCUUGAAGAUGUGUUGGAGGACCAGUCCCACAGACAACUGUUCGCCUUAGAGCUGGGCUCUGGAACCGGGCAGCAUGUGAUACGCUUUGCCCAGAAGAUGCCCUUUGUCACCUGGCAGCCAUCAGACAUUAAGGAGGAGUCUCGAGACAGUAUCAAGGCCUACAUUGCUGCGACCCAUGCCAAGACGAUUCUACAGCCUGUCCACCUAGAUGCCAGCGAACCGUGGGAGAAAUGGGCCGGCCUUCCUCGCAGCUCCUGUGAUGUUAUUAUUGCCAUUAACUUGCUGCAGUACAGCUCCUUCAAAACAGCACAGGGUGUUUUUAGUGGAGCAGGUCAGAUCCUCAAACAAAAUGGCCUUCUGAUAACAUAUGGGGUGUAUGCUAUCAAUGGCACAGUUACACCGAGCUGCAAUGAACACCUGGAUGAAGAGAUUAGAAAAAUGAACCCAGAGUGGGGUCUUCCAGACAUGGAUGUACUGAGACAACUGGCCUUUGGGAACGGGAUGCGUAUGGAGAGGAUUAUCGAGAUGGAAGAAUACUACAAAUGCCUCAUCUUCAGAAAACUUUAAGAAAAAGCCAAACUGCAC